AUGAAUAAUAUAUAUCUUUAUGCUGAUUAUAUUGAUAUCACAGACAAAAUUGGAACUGAACUUUUAAAUAUUAUAAUCGCUUCAGAUGAAUUAAAUUUAGAAAAUUUAACUAGAAAAUUUAAUAAAUUCACUCAACUAUCCGGUCAAUUAUUGGAAAUCAUUUUAAAACGUGAAGAUUUAAAUAUAGAAGAAAAUGAAAAUUUGGGAAAUAUGAUAGUUAAAUGGGAUUGGCACAAGAACAUAAUUUUAGUAGAGAUAUUUUAUGAUAUAUCUCCUAAGGUUUAUAUGAUCAAAAUUAAACCUUAUGAAGAAAUUUUAUCAAAGGAAUAUAGAAAUGAUCUUUUGAAUUAUUACAUGAUCCCUGAAUACAAACCAAACCUUAAUAAUUUAGCAUCAAGAUAUUUAAAAGAUAUUAAUUCCGUGAUAAUUGAUCAAAGACAUGUUACAAAUUGGAUUGAUAGAAAUGAGGAAAGAAAAUUUAGUCUCUAUAAAUUUAAUCUUUUAUAUAGAGCUAGUAGAGAUGGAAUAAUUGGAGGAUAUAAUCCACUUGAAUUGAAUUCAACAAAUGGUUCUUCUAAACGCACGAAAGGUAGUUUUCUAUUCUCAUUUACAAAUAAAAAGAACGUCCAAACGGCAAAAACAAGUUAUCCUGAUGAUAAUCCAUGUUCUUAUCCCAAACUUGAUGGUACCCAAUAG